AUGGCUGUGCGGAGUUGCGAUGAAAUCAAGCCAUCGUGUUCGCGGUGUAUCUUAACGAUGCAGAAAUGCGUCUACGCGGCACCAGCCGCGACGACGCAGUCGUCUGGGCCUGCAUCGAAUACUCAGAGGAACCAGCUCUCGCUAUCAUCACUGCUGCCGACCACGCCCACCAGCCCUGGCGGCAGACUUUCGCCAUCUCCCCUGCCAUUUGAAGCACCACAGCUGCCGUUCUCGCCUCCUGGACAGCAGCGGCAGCAGCAGCUGCUGCUGCCGACUCGCCAGACCGAGAUUGACAGCUCUGAUACCGGCCUCUACCACCAUUACCUGCAACAUACGAGCCGCAACCUGACUGCUAAUCGGCAAGAUCACCAUGCAAUUCAGAUCUGCCUGCCGACACUCGCAUUGCGCAGCAGGACCGUCUAUCAUUCCAUGCUCGCUCUCUCAGCAGCGUGUAUGUGCUGUGACCUGAUCUACAGGGAACCGCCGCCAGAAGUCACUACCGUGAGCGAGAUCCUCAUGACCGGGUACCGCCACUAUAACCUCGCCAGCGAGCGGCUGCGUGAGUUGAUAUCAAGACCCAGUGCUGCAAACGCUGAGCCUCUACUGGCCGCGCCGCCAUUGCUCGUCCCGUUCGUCACCUCCAGCCAACAGGUCAACCACUGGAUCUCAAAUAGGACCGCCGGCGGGGUAGAGCAAGUCCGGAAACGUCUGUCCUCCACGCCGAGAGACGUGAUUGUCAUCUCGCGCGGGAUCAGCGCUACUGUCAGAGCGCUGGAAACGAGCACAAGCCCGUACUCACAGCUCGCAACACCCGAGGCGCUCGAUUCACUGGACGAGUACGGCACCGUCGCCGUCUCGCCCUGCAUAUCUACAUCUGUACCACCUUCCCAUUCGCAUCCGAUGUACCCCAUCAUCAAGUCAACGAGCCAACCUGCCUUUGCAAAGCUGCAGGAUCGUAUAAGCCUCGCCCUGGUAUAUGACCCAGGCAACCGUUCUCUCGCUACCUGCGCCGACGCUUUCAAAGUCCUGUCGACCCUCCGGACGGGCGUCUUCCCUCAAGACCAGUCUAGUCCACCCCUUCUCCUUCCACCCUCGAUGACACAGAUGCCUACCCUUCCUCAGGUAGCCCCUUGGCUGGUAUCGUUCACAGCCCGCCCUUCGACGCCUUCACCGACAGACCACAUGACACGUCCGUUGCUGAGCUUCCUUGUCCACGCACCACAGGCAUACCUCGAUUUCGUCCUGCCGCUGCUGGAUCAGCGUCUCGAGGGGCCGGCGCCAAGCGAGACAGGCAGCGCGGAUAAAGCCCAGGCGGGGCUGGAGCUGAACGUUGAGCAAGCCCUGGCCCUCGACAUCUACGCACAUUGGUCGGUGCUCAUGUUUCUAGUGAGCGAAGAGAGCUGGUGGAUAGGCAAAUUGCCGGACAUCACGCUUGCGGGUUUGGUGAAUCGGUUUGGGGAUAACUUUGUGCGGAAACACUGGCCUGAUGAUGGUGGUAGAGUGGAUGGAGAAGGGGAGGGAGAAGGGAUAGGAGAGUGGUGGCCGGGAAGUAUGCUACGAAUCCACAGGGAAAUUGGACGGUACCGAUCAUGA